AUGGGGGCAAGAAUCCCGCCGCCCACGCCCGCCCCCUCCGACAUCAACGCCAACGGCGGCUUCCUGUCGUACGGGAACAUGGAGAGCUACGCGAUGUGGGUGGCGACCGGUGUGGCGUCGGCCUUCUUCGCGUCCCUCGAGCGCUGCUCCUGCAUCCACCUCCACACCGUGGAGGACGACGGCGACGAGGAGGAGGAGGACCUCGAGGAGGCCCGCCGCUCCUUCUCCCGCCCGAUCUCUGAGUACUACUACGACCGGUGCGGCUCCUCCGCCUCCGUCGCCAAGAUGUGACCUGACCGGACCGCGCCUCCCUCUGCCCAAGAAUGCGUGGUGAUACGAUCCGUUUCUUGAUCUAUGAUGUGCUCUUG